GUCGACCAACAAACUAGCUCGCUCGCCGCCUCACUUCGUCCUGCCUGAAAAAUGGAUAUGGGAAACCUCAUGGACUAUCUCGAGAUCGGCUGCGCAUGCUGCGAAUUCCAGUACAACCUCUGGCUCAUCGCGGGCGAGCCGCCAGCGCCGCCGAAUCGGAAUAGCGACCCAAAGGGCGACCUCCACAAAGAGUUGAUGCAAUGCCAGUUUUGCUUCAAGUCCCGGCGCGAAGGGGUCACCUUCUUCCGGUGUGGAGGUUGUCAAAUUGAGAUAUAUUGCGUGAGCGCCGUCUGCCCCGGCGCCAGACUGGUGCGUAUGCUCAUACUUGUCGGACGGGCAGAGCAAAGAGUGCCAGAAGAAGGCAUGGAGCAGGCACAAGCAGAAGUGCGCCAUCAACCGCAAGUACCAGCCCGCAGGCGGCGGCGAGCCGAAGCCGAUGAAGGACCUCCGCGCGUUCACGUCCAAGCACCGGCCGUCGAUCUCUAGCGCCGCGCAGGCCGCGCUCGGCGUUGCGAAGAAUCCCCAGCGCGCCCAGGAGUACGUCUUCGCGAUCUUCCUCCGCCCACGCUCGAACCCGGCGCGCACGGAGACGGCGUUCUGGGCGCUGGGCGCCGCCGUCGUGCCCUUCAGCGCGUUUCCCCCGGACCAGGUCGCGGAGAUGAAGGGGCAGCUCAGGUCUGCGACGGACCUGAACGUCGCGAACGGCUCGCUGGGCGCGAUGGAAGUCGUGCUGAUGUGCAUCGACCCGAACGUGGUGAACGUGGUGAUGAUGGGCUUUUCGGACGGGCCGUCGCCCGUGGAGGAUCCGGGCGCGAAGUGGAAGCACUGGCUUUUGCAUCGGCUCAACGAGGGGAUGGUAUGCUAAUGGGGGAAAGGCAACUUCAACAAUGUAGCAUAUAUCCACACAUGUAUCACUAUGCUUCACCAAACUAUCAUCUACGCGUACAAUCUGCAUACUAACGGAGCACGGGACGACAGAACGGUGUCGGUGUAUGAGGUGUAUGCUGUCACCCGCAAUAUCUGCGCGAUGUCCAAGAGCCGUAUCGCACAAGAGCCCGACAUCGGAGACUCCGAGAACAUAGCAGAUGAGAUGAUGGAUUGCGCCU